AUGCUAGGGGGGUAUGGCAACGCGCCCGCCACCGAGCUGACCAACGCGGCGGUGGAGCAGCAGAAGAUCACGGAGCUGCGCAUACGCAAGAGCUUUGGCAACGGCGAGGCGGGCGCCGCCGCCGCCGACCCCGCCGACCGCCGCGCAGGUCGGCUGCUGGCGCAGCUGGCGCCGCGCGCAGCCGAUGCGCCGCCGCUGCGCUCCCCCAUCACCACCCACGUCCUGGACACGUGCAUCGGCCGGCCCGCGCCAGGCGUGGGCGUGGUGCUGGCGCGGCGCGCCCCCGGCUCCGCCGCCGCCUGGGAGCGCGUGGCCAGUGGGCAGACCAACAAGGACGGCCGUAUCGGCGACCUGCUGCCGCCGGGUGACCACGUGGAGCCAGGGCACUACCGCAUCACCUUUGACACGGCAGAGUACAUGGGGCGGUGCCAGCAGGAGCACCCCGCCUUCUUCCUGCCCACCCGCCGCUUCUACCCCUCGGUGUCGGUGGAAUUUGAGAUCCAGGCGCACCAGGCGCGGGAGCACUUCCAUGUGCCGCUGACCUGGAAUCCCUUUGGCUACAGCACCUACCGCGGCAGCUGA